CGCAAGAAGAAGAACGAACGAACGCAGGGGGAGCAGUAGGAGGAGAGUAAGGAGGAGGAGGAGGAGGCGCAGUAGUUGGAGGAGGCGGAGGAGAUCAAUAGGUCGCUAUAGGUAGAGAGCGCAGCGGCCCAAGCUGCGAUGUGCGCUCACCACAAGAAGAAGGAAGAGGAGGAGUUGGUGGAGGAGAUCAAUAGGGCGUUAAAUGUCCAGCGCACCUCCCCAAACUGCAAUGCGCGCGCCGCAAGAAGAAGAAGAACAAGGAGGGGGAGGAGGGGGAGGAGGAGGAGAUCAAUAUGCCACCAGAGUUACAGCUUGCCUCCCCAGACUGCACUGCGCGCUCGCCUCAAAAUCCAGAAAGAACAAGGAUGAGGAGGAGGAAACCUAUAGGUCGCUGCUGGUACAGCCCAACUUCACAUACGGCUCUUUGUGCUCGCCCCAAGAAGUAGGAGGAGGAGGAGGAGAUCAACAGGUGGAUACAGACACGUGGCAUCUGUCGUCGCGCGUUCCGGUUCGGCGCCGUGGUUUCAGAGGUUCGUUCGUUGCCCCGUCAUCUGCAAUUUCUGCAAGGCGCGCGGGGCCAAUACGGGGCGAUGGAAUUCCACGGCACCACCGUGAGUUGAUGGUACGGGAGGAGGGAGAAGGGAGGGAAAUCGGUAGUGAUAACGACGAAGCCGGGGGAUAUGAAGUAUUGCGUGCUAUACGUAGUCGGAUAAUCGGGGCAUCUCGGGUCGCUAGUUACGGCACGGUGGAACUCUCUGGGGCACAAUCGGUUCUCGGUUAGGCAGGGGAAUUUUGGGCGUCUCUGCCUAAGAUAUUCUCUUACCCAAGG